UACUACCUAUUCCUAACAAAAUGUCAAUUUAUAAUUCAACAUUUGUGGAUUUGUCAAAUGCAAAACUUACAGUAUUUCCAAAUAAUAUAAUGCAACAUUUUUCAAGGAUACGGGUACUGUAUAUGCUAAAAUGCUUUACUUAGAAAAUAAUGCCCUAUCAGAAAUUCCUGAAGAGAUCUUUCCUUCUUUACAAAAUCUUGAAUGGCUGGAUGUACGGAAUAAUCAAUUGAAAAUUUUGCCAAAAAGUAUAAAAUCUCAUUCAUCUUUACAUACACUUUUAUUACAAGGAAACAAAAUUCAGGUUUUACCAUUAGAACUAUGCAUGGUACCAAAAUUAAAAAAUUUACAAGUAGCGCGUAAUCCUCUUACUAUGCCACCGGCAAAUAUCGUAGCACUUGGAUGUUCUAAUAUCUUAAGUUUCUUAAAAAGUGAAUGGAAUAGAUUACACCCAGAUGAAGUUGGAAUAAUACCUGUGAAGGAAGCAAAGCCUAAAUCGUUAACAGUUCUUAAUAAUGAGACAAUUAAUAAAAAAAAAUCGGAUAUUUUAAAAGUUGUUAAUUGCUAUAGUUGCAGUGAUAUAUCAAAUAAAUUUAAUAAGAUGUCUAUGACAGAGAAAAGAAAAGCUUAUAAACCAAGUAACAGAUGUAAGAGUAAAGGAACAAAUCUUGUCAAACAAAAUCAACUUUCAUGGAUUGAUGAAAUUACAGAAAUGUUGAAUAAAGAAGCUUAUGUACUUCAAAAAAUGAAAAAUAAAAUAGCUCUACAAGAAUGGAGAGAUGAUAAAAGCAGUUUCUCUAAAAGUAUGGAAAAAGCUACAAAAAGAAGAGAAGAUGACAUUCCAUUUGCUAUCGAUAACGUUGACGACUUAUAUAUAUCUAAAGCAGAAAACAAAUUGAAUGAUAAAACGAAUUUGCAAAGAAGAAACAAAGCAAUAUUUGUAUCGCCUACUAACAUAAAUAAAAAGAUUAUAGAAUUAUUGGACUCAUUAGCUACAAUAAAUACAGAUGGAAUUACAAGCAUGACACCAACUUCCAAACAAAAGUCUUUAAAUGAUACAAUUAAAAAGGUUUGUUAGAUUAUUCGUAACUCCAAAUUUCAUUGAAAGAUUUCAUAAGUAACUUGAAAAAAUGAUUGAAAGUUUGUACAAAUAUUGUUUACAGAUUUGUUUUUUACAAAAAGAAAUACAUCAUCUUCAGCGACACAAUAUUACCACAAUGCCUUAAAUCUAUAUUCGGAAGUAUAAAUCGAAAUGUGAAUUUUAUGCGAAAUUGCUUGUAUGUGUAUUCAUAUUUUAUAAUUUAUAUUUAAUUAAUGCACUAUGAUUGUAGAUCUAUAUGUCAAAUAAUCUGUUAUAUAAUAUAAAAUAUUAAUCAUGAGUAAUGACAAUGACAUAUAUAUAUAUAUAUAUAUAUAUAUAUAUAGUUUUUUCUUUUAACAUAAUAACAUGCAAACAAAAUAAUAAUUACUAGACAACUAUAUAUCACAAUUUGAAAUGAUGUACCUUGCAUUUGUAGAACCAAUUUAUAUUAUUCAUAGUACGAAAUUAUAAAGUAAAUAUCAGUAAUAAAAAAUACGUAUGCAUAUCAUUUAUGCUUUUAUAGAUAGUUAUAAAGAAUAUUGUAAUAUAUAAAUUUUAGUAUACGUUAAAAUAAAAAAAGCUUAUAAAUUUUUAUGAUCGAUUAAACAAUAAACAAGAAGUCGUAGAAUAGAUGCGUAAGUUAUAUUCGUCCUUAAGUUUAGAAUAUCCGCUUAAACAUUUCUAAUAUCAUUUUUAGGCUCGUAUUACAUUAUAAAAUGAAUAUUGUAUAAAAUCAAUAAUUUUAUAUCGUCAGAAUAGUAACUAUUUAAAACAGAUUAUGAUCAAAAUUGGUUUCAAUAGAUUAUAAAUAUAUCUUGAAUAAGAAAAUAGUUCUUAACAAGUCAUAAGAUUUAGACAUCCAUUAUUGAACACACAUAAUGGCAUUUUAUCAUAUAACUCUUGUUUAUGUACAUAUUAGUUGCACAAAUGAUUAGCUAUUAAUCAUUACAACCAUAUAAUAUUGUACAUAAGCAGAAAUAUUAAUAAUGCAAACAAUUCUAAAGAUUUGGAAAUUUAUGCUCUCCUUUACUGACUUUUACCAAGGACACUACAUCCAUAUUUUAUACAGUAUUUAUUUUUAAUAUAUACAUGAUAUAUGUAUUUACCAUUAUAUUAAAUAGACAGAGGAGAGUGAAAUCUUAUACACUGUGAUAUUUCUGUUAUAACAAUAAGUUUUUUUUUUUUGUAAUAUGUAUGCAUAUUUUUUGUCUGCUAUUAUUCAAAGAAAAGAUAUGAAUAGUUUAUCUUUUUUUUUUUUUUUUUUUUGUUAACAUCGCGUUUUUUUUUAUAAA